AUGUUGCUUACAGAGGAUAAAGAAAUAGAUCUUUUCGUCGCUAGCCGUAUUGGUUCUUUCAAACACGUAAAAUACCAUACAAAUGCCAGCAAGAAUAGUAAGAAAUGUAUAGAAAACUUAGUGGACAUAAAAUCUUUAAAGAAAGACGAUUCCAUACUACAUAUGGAUUGGGGUGAUGACAAACAAACCGAAAUACUUUUAGCAAGGAAGAAUAGACAGAUAGAAUCAUAUAACACAGAAAAAGGUUUAACAAAAUCAUACACUGCAACUUUUGGCGAGGGAAACAUAAUUGGUGUAGCCAGAUGUGAUAGCAGAAUAAUAGCCGGUGUUGCCAGUGGCGUAGUGCAAAUUUGGUCAGAAAGUGAUAGGGCAAUCGAGAACCCCGAUGUAAUUGAAACAAAAGGGAAACUGGAUUGCCUAAGGGUUUGGCAACACAGUAAUGUUUUUGCUACUGGUGGAGAAGAAAAUGAACUGAAAGUAUGGAAAGUCGGUGAGCCAUCCCCAACGUUCAUAGCUAAAAAUCUACCUCAUGAUUGGUUGCAAUUGAGGCGGCCAGUUUGGGUGUCCGACCUGACAUUUUUGGAAGAGAACCUCUUAGCUGUGUGCUCCCGACAUGGAUAUAUACGUUUAUACGACACACGAGUACAACGCCGGCCCGUGUCUAGCAUAGACACACCUGGCUUGGCUGCGACGUGCAUUACCAACGGAUUUGAGGAGAGACAAGUUUUCGUCGGCUUCGGGCGAGGGCAGUUACACCAAGUGGACUUCAGGAAGUCCCGCCUCGACAAAGGUUACAAGGGCGCGGCCGGAGCGAUAACUAGUGUAGCGCUGUGCGAGCGAGACAGACUGGUCGUCAGCGCAAGUCUGGAUAGGCAUCUACGUGUGCACGAGCGAGAGAGCAAGAACUGUAUUUAUAAGCAAUACUUAACAUCUAAACUGACCGGGGUCCUAGUACAAACGGCGACCUCUACUCCCCUGAAGAAAGCUGAAAGUGAAAUCAAAGUGGAAGAAGAAGAGGAAGUUACAGUUAAAGUCGAUGAGACUGAUGAUUUAGACGAGAUAUUUGACAGUAUGGAGACAAUCAGCGAAAGACCGCGUAAGAAAUUGAACCCGGACCCCUUGGCAACGGGAGAAGCGAAGAAACUUCGGCCCUCGCUAGAGGGCAGCACGGUGGAUACGGACGAAGACGCCAUUUUGAAACUGCUAAAGAGCACAGAAAAGACGAGAAAGAAGAGGGAGAAGUUGAAAAGGGCGAAGAAAGAAAAGAGUCUCUUCUUUAAUGCUUAG